CUGCGGGGCGGGGGCACGAGGCAGGCCUGGGCCGCAGCGCCUCUGGCAGCGAGGGCAGGGCGGUCAGCAGCCGCGCGGGAGCGCUCCGCCCCCGGCGCAGCGUGACCCUCGCGGGCUGCCGUACGGGGCAUGGCGGCGGCGCGCGGGGCCGUGGCGGGGAUCCUGGGCCGCUGGGCCGGCCGCUGGGCCGCCGUGGGCCGCGCUCUCCCCGGCCUCUCGGCCUGGCGCUUCGCGCAGGUGUGGGCACCGACGGCGGCCCCGCUGUGGAGACCGCGGCUGCCCGGGAGGGCCCUGUCCGCGGGAGGCACCCCCUCGCUCCUCGGCAGUGUCACAUCUCUGCUUCCGAGUAUCCUUCAACAGCCAGCGAGGACUCUCACUUACUGUAGCUUACGGAAUGGAAAGAGGAAAAGCGUGAAAUCUGUCGUCAAGAGGUUUCUCCGGCUGCACAAUGGCCUUUGGGUUAGGAGAAAGUCUGGUUAUAAGAAGAAACUGUGGAAGAAGUCAGCAUCUCAGAGGAAGCGUUUGAGAGAGCUGAUGUUGUGCACUAGAACACAAUGUAAGCUCCUUGAUAAAAUGACCACUUCUUUCUGGAAAAGAAGAAAUUGGUAUGUUGAUGAUCCCUACCAGAAGUAUCACGAUCGCACAAAUCUUCGUAUGUAGAAAUCUUGGUUUCAUUUUUGCAUCUCUCUAGGAAAGAGGUGGUGGUGGUGGUGUGUGGGGCAUGGUCUUAAUUCUACAACAUAAAUCUGUAAUGCCUGUUAGUUUUCUAAAUAAACAUAUGCAUAUCAUCUUAUCAGAAUUACGGGUAUCAAUGCCCAAAAUAAAGGAAUAUUCAAGAUUA